UCGGAUCCUCCAACAUUGGCCAUGGCCAUGCCCACUGAGGGCACCCCACCACCCCUAAGCAGCACCCCCAUCCCAGUUCCAGCUUACUUCCGACACGCAGAGCCUGGUUUCUCCCUCAAAAGGCCUGGGGGCCUCAGCCGGAGCCUCCCGCCUCGGCCCCCUGCCAAGGGCUGCAUCCCUGUCAGCCGUCUAUUCCCCCCUCGCACCCCAGGCUGGCACCAGCCCCAGCCCCGGAGGGUGUCUUUCCUGUGUGAGACCUCAGAGCCCCUGCAGAGUCCUGGGUAUGACCCAAGCCGGCCCGAGUCCUUCUUUCAGCAGAACUUCCAGAGACUCAGCCGCCUGGGUCAUGGCUCGUAUGGCGAAGUCUUCAAGGUGCGCUCCAAGGAAGAUGGGCGACUCUAUGCUGUUAAGCGCUACAUGUCGCCAUUCCGAGGCCCCAAAGACCGAACUCGUAAGCUGGCUGAGGUAGGCGGCCAUGAGAAGGUGGGGCAGCACCCACACUGCGUGAGACUGGAGCGGGCCUGGGAGGAGGGUGGCAUCCUAUACCUGCAGACAGAGCUCUGCGGGCCCAGCCUGCAGCAACACUGUGAAGCCUGGGGGGCCAGCCUACCAGAGGCCCAGGUCUGGGGCUACUUGCGGGACAUUCUUCUGGCCCUGGACCACCUACAUAGUCAAGGCCUAGUUCAUCUUGAUGUCAAGCCUGCCAACAUCUUCUUGGGCCCCCGGGGCCGCUGCAAGCUGGGCGACUUUGGACUACUGGUGGAGCUGGGUUCAACCGGUGCUGGCGAGGCCCAGGAGGGAGAUCCUCGCUACAUGGCCCCAGAACUGCUGCAGGGCUCUUAUGGGACAGCAGCAGAUGUGUUCAGUCUGGGUCUCACCAUCUUGGAAGUGGCCUGUAACAUGGAACUGCCCCAUGGUGGGGAGGGCUGGCAGCAGCUGCGCCAGGGAUACUUGCCCCCUGAGUUCACUGCUGGUCUGUCUUCUGAGCUGCGUUCUGUCCUCAACAUGAUGCUGGAGCCUGACCCCCAGCUUCGAGCCACAGCUGAGGCCCUGCUGGCCUUACCCAUGCUGAGGCAGCCACGUCCCUGGAAUGUUCUGUGGUAUAUGGCUGCGGAAGCCCUGAGUCGAGGCUGGGCCCUGUGGCAGGCCCUGGUCACUCUGCUCUGCUGGCUCUGGCAUGGGCUGGUGCAUCCUGCCAGUUGGCUGCAGCCUCCAGGCCCGCCGGCCACGCCACCUGGCUCUCCACCUUGCAGCCCCCUCCUGGACAGCACCCUCUCCAGCAGCUGGGAUGAUGACAGCAUAGGUCCCUCACUCUCCCCAGAGACCAUCCUGUCGCGGAUCACUAGAAGAACCUCUACCCCUCGGGGCAGGUACAUACCUAGGGAUGCCCUGGACCUAACUGAUAUGGACUCAGAGCCUCCAAGAGGUCCUUGCCCCACCUUUGAGCCAAGGAACCUCCUCAGCCUGUUCGAGGAUUCCCUAGACCCAGCCUGAGCACAGGUCCAGACAGCCUUGAUGCUUUAAAACCUCUGACCGUCUUGCCCAUUUCCCCUG